AUGGAUUGGGCCAACCAGUAUGAUGUGAAGUAUGAGGAUAUUGAUCAGUUGGAGGCUUUCAAGAAGGAAGUGAGGAGCAAUUGUCAGCCGCUGAAAAAGACCCAGUUGAGCAUCUACUGGACCAAGUGUACCUGUGGUGUAUUUUUAAAGCCUGAUGAGAACGGGGAGAAGGUCAAUAUGCAUCACUUCGGCUGGACCUCGUCCCGUGCAGCUUCACGUCACAGAACGGCUGUUGCUGUGCGUUGCGCUGAGCUUUCGGCUAUGGGGCUGGAUGCGAACUAUCCGGGCUUUGAGAAGGAUGGCCAUGAGAUCGAGAAGCUGCGAGUGAACGGGCAGUUGGCCUUGCAUUUCCUGUGCCUUGACAAUGGGUAUGACCAGCUGUUCCAGAAUGGGCGUGCCUGA